AAAAAGUACUAUAUCUGCGUGACAGAACCAGCAGAAGAUACAGUGCUGAGAACUGUCAACCAGGAGAAGACCGUAUCAGAAGAGAAAGUCCAUGAAACCAAAACGACAAUCACGGGAAUUUUGUCCAGAAGUGAAGAUCAGCUUUCAGAACGCGACCCCUGUGAAGAAGACGGAACCUACACUGCAGUGGGCAUAGAGGAAAUUGAUAAAGUAACGAUACACAGGAGGAGAUACGACACUGGCGUCCAGGCUGUUCCUGAAGUUCAGUCCUCAGAAGUGCAGACACAUCCAGGACUUCCAGUCAACGUGUGGUCACAGUACUCUUACGAUGUCGACGAAAUAGGCCAGCUGCAACCUGACAUUUUAGUCAGGUCAUCACGCUUCCUAAAGGCUAAACAAUCGGAAAUUGAAGACGCUCUUAAAUACAAUGAAGCUUUCGAUCACCACAAAGAUGACUAUCAGAACCUCAUCCUAAGGAAGAGAGACACAGAAAUCCCGAAGCAACUAACUUACGAAGAACAAGAAAUCUUUAUUGAUGUUCGAUUGUGCAAAGGAAAAAUUAUAUCGUGCGCUGCUUGGCAUCCAAAGAGAGAAGGGUACUUUGCGACAGCGUACGUGAGCAACCGUCCUGGUAGACAUUUUUCUGGUGUUUACACGGCUUCCGAAUAUCUGCCGGAUGUCGAGGAUUCACCGGAAAACAUUCACGACAGAAAUCCUGUGCUACUGUGGAGCUUCAAAGAUCGAUUUCACUCAAAACUGACUCUUCUUAGUCCUCGACCUGUCCAGUGCCUAAAAUUCUGCCCGCACAACGCAGACAUACUUGUAGGCGGACUUACCAAUGGACAGAUAGUUAUAUGGGACCUUACGGAGAAUCUAAGACGGAUAGAAGGAGAACUUGAUACAUCAGAGUGGCGCGCAGUGGAAAGAACGUCUUUAGUAUGUCGAGAUGGAGUUCUGGAAAAAGUUCCACCAACUUCACCGACGCUACAGUUCUUAUCGUGUUCUCUUGAUGGCCACAUGUAUGGAUGGAAUUUGUUGGAAGUACCUACACCGAAACGCAAGAAAGUGGUCCAGAAGAAGUCUGCGAAGCGGCCACGUUCUGAAGGCCCCGAGCGGACGCCUGUGUCUCCGUACGCCAAACUGCACGGCUUACUGCAACCCCAUUUCAAGGUCUCGGCUGACUACCCUAUUUCCAGUUUCAGUUCACCACUACCUGCUAUUUCCGGCAAUCGGCUAUCAGAGACGGAUGAAGUAGCCUCGACAUAUGGAGAAAUACGUCCAGAGGAAGAAAGGCAUCUGUCCCAGAAGCCGUUUCACUUCGGAGCCACCGACGCAACUCUCAUGGAAAUGAAUUACAUGCUAGACGACACUAAGGAAGAACUAAUGACAGCUUUGCAGUUCACUUCCAUGGCAGAUGUACAUGACGGACCAAUAGAAGCGCUGGAAAGGUCUCACUUUGUUGAAGAGAUAUUAAUUAGUCUUGGAGGCAGAGUGUUCGCUAUUUGGAGCGAAGAUUACAAGGGGCAGCCUCUCUACUGGAGACAGUAUAAGAUUCGACUGACAGCUUGCCGUUGGUUCCUUCAUCGUCCCAGCAUGUUUCUUAUUGCGAGAGAGGAUGGACGUUUCGAAACCUGGGACUGGUUUCUUGACAGUUGUCAACCAAUACACAUAACCGAUGUUUUGGGAAAGCCACUGACAGGAAUAUACCAGAGUCCAAUAAACCAUGACAACAUAUUUGGAGUUGCUGAUUCAGGAGGAACAUUCAGAAUAUUUAAUGUCCCUCAUGAAUACACAGAAUUCCAUCCUGAAGAUGUUAUAAAACUGAGGAAUAUGUUUGAACAACAUGUUGAGUGCAAACGCCUAUUAACAUCAUGGACAACAAAAUGGAAAGAAAAGUUUGCUGAUUUUUUGAAGCAGAAAAGGAAAGAAGCUGAACGCCUCCAUAAACUGAAAAUGAUAAAGGAAAAGGAGAAAAUACGACUAGAGAAAGAAAGGCUUAAAGCCAUUAAAGAAGCAGAACUUGCAUUGCAGAAAAGAACAAAGCUAUUAAAGUGGCAGAAAGCACAGGAAAUAUGGGAUGCUAAACAAGAGAAACGAGCAAUAGGAAUACUCCUCCGUCAGAAGAACCUAGAUAAUGACCACCUAGAAACAGAGCAAAAGCCAUUCGUGAAAUUACAGGAGGAACAAAAAUCCAAAAGGAUAAAGCAGACAGAAGUAAUAAAUAUGAAUGAAAGUAUUUAUAAGGAAAUACUCUCUCUCAAAUUCCCUGAUCUCAAAGAGGAACUUGCUGGAGGUCCAGAAAUCAAAGAAACAAAAGAAGUACAAGAAGAAGAAAUGACUGUUCUAUUCAUAGAGCUAUAUGAGAAGAGUGAGACUGACUGCAUGGACCUCAUGCAAAGUCAUCCUUUUGACCACAAAUUUCAGUGGAUGGAUGUUGUGAAGGAAGCACAUUCCAAAUUGCACAAUGUGUAUACAGACAACACACAGGCCAGCAACCUAUAG